AUGGGCUUCCAAAAUUUUAGAGGUAGAGGUGGUUCACGUGGCUCGCAAGGUGGUUUUCGAAGGGGCUCAAGGGGCGGUUUCUCUGAUAAAUUCCAAAGUGGCCCUCCUGAAGAAGUUGUUGAAGUUGGGGUUUUCGCUCACCCAUGUCAAGAAGAUAUUGUCUGUAAAAUCACAUCGGAAAAAAUACCUUACUCAAACGCUUCUGUUUAUUUGGCAAACAAAGAGGAAGUGGGCAAAGUAGACGAAGUUUUUGGCCCCAUUAAAGAUGCAUACUUUUCAAUCAAACUCUCAGACACUCUCAAAAGUAAAUCUUUUCAAGAAGGGGUCAAGUUCUUUAUGGAUCCUGCUAAGUUUCUGACACUUGACCGCGUAUUGAACCCCAAUACUAAUAGAGGAAGAAGAGGUGGACGUGGUGAUCAGAGAGGUGGUCGAGGUGGAAAUGAUUUUCCACGUGGUCGCGGAAGAGGAGAUUUCCGGGGUGCUCGUGGUGAUUUUCGGGGAGGACGCGGUGGCCUCCGUGGACGGUGGAGCGAUGGGGCUGGUCGGGGCAACCGCGGUGGGUUUCGUGGUGGGAGAGAAUUAAAUGGCCAGCGUGGUGAACGUCACUCUUUCGGAGGUAAACGAGGUGCAAGUUCUGUCUCUAAUACACCACAAAGCAAAAAAUUCAAAUCAGAAGACUAA